GGUCCCUAUUCCCAGAGCACUCAUUCGGCAUAGGCUCCAGGUCAGGGACUCUCAGCAAAGCCCCAGCAGGUGGAGCUCAGCAUGGAAGUCACAUACUUCAGUGACACAGACUCCAGGGUAGAGACACAGGUCAGAGCAGCCCGGGAGAGGCAGGAAGACUUUAUGGAGGACACAGCAAUGUGAAAUCCCAACGAGCCAUUGGAGUUAGACCUGAGGAGCAGGUGACAGUCUGGAGCCUAGCACAGGUUCUAAGGAGAUAACCCAGUUUCGGAAUGGAAAUGAGGCUGGAUUCGGACCUGGAGGGAAAAAUCUGAUGCAGGCAUCUAGCUCAGCUCUGCUCAUGUUCCUGUGACCAUGAGGGUUCCUGGCUGCCUGAAGCCAGCCUUUACACUGAGCCUUGAGGAUGGAUCCCUUGCUUUGGUCUUAGAAUGUGGUCUGCUCCCCUCUGCUUAUCGGCAGCAAGCUCUCUGAAUCUCAGGAAAACAGCUCUUUACAAAACAGGGCAGAAAAUGGGUCUCUUAGCCAGAUAUGGUGGAACAUACCUGUAGUUCCAGAACUACAGAACUACAGAAGGAGGAUUGCUGUGGGCUUGAGGCUGGCAUGAACUAUUUAUUUGAGCUUUUGGUUAGCUGGUCAAGAGGUAGCCUGAGCCUGAGGCUCCUCACUCCCUCCACCCACACUGUUUGCCCCUCUCCUUUUGUGAUAGUAAUUUGCAAUUUAGCUAGAUAGAAGUUAAUUUAGGGCGAGGCACCUGCAGAGCAAAUCAUUCUGAAAUUGUACUUCAGGCUGAAGCAACUUCACAAACACAGCGAACAGCUACAUCACAGAUUGCAAGAUCACUCUACGCCCUUCUCUCGAUUUUCUUUCCCAAAUAACAUCUUCAGACAUGGUUCAAGUUAGGAUUAUCCUUCUCAUAUUUCAUCCACUUUUCCUCAUGGUCAGGUUCCAGGGUCUCUUAAUUGGAAAUAUCCUGUCAUGAUCGGGGUUUUCUAAAAGGCUUCUGAUGGCUUCUUUCACAUCUUCAGUCUGUGUAACCUAGGGUUUAUUGAAUCCUGCUGCAUGGUAUAUUUUUGAAUACCAUCCAUCUUAGCUUGGCAACAGCCUACCAUUUUGACCCCUGUUUACCCUUUCAACAGGAAAAGUCAAGUGUGCAAGAAGCUUGAGAGCUUGAAGAAAUACCAGGCAAAACUGUCAUGAGAUUCCUCUUGGUUACCACAUUUGCAGCUUCUUGACUAAGUUUGAACAGCGGAGGAAUGACGGUGCCUUCUGAGAUUGCUCAACCCACAUCCUGCCCCAUCGGGCAGUAUGGGCUGAUCCACACACCAGGAAACAGACUCAGUCCUGAGCCUCUGCGACUGGACGGGUUCCAGAUGAUCUGUUUCCCCACACAGGCAGGCGGCAGAGCCUGCCCUCAGCUGCCAUUUCCUUGGCCCUCUUCCGCCUGUGCCAGUCUAGGCCUUGUCCCUGUUUCUACCCUGAGAGUGGGAUCCUCCUUCCCCAUGAAUGCUGUGAAAAGUCCCCCGAGGCAGGAGCUGCAAACGCUGGGGCACAGAGGCUGGAACAAUCCCGCCCACAGCAGCCCCCCUUCCCUGAAUGGGAUCUGCACUGUCUUCAAUGCCGCAAUCCCCCAGCCUGUACCUAAGAAGCCUGAAGUCAGACGGCAGGAGACCCAGACAGCAGAGAACCCAGGGCUCUGGGGAACAACCCUGACUGAGAACACCGCUGAGAACAGAGAACUCUACGUCAAGACCACCCUGAGGGAGCUUGUGGUGUACAUCGUGUUCCUCGUGGACGUCUGUCUGUGGGAAGCACACAGGUGUGGAAGGACAGAUUGCAGAGUCAGUUCUCUUCUUCCACCAUGGCUGAGGGUGUGUGUGUCUAGGAACAGAGCGGUCAUCAGGCUUGGCAGCAACCACCUUUACCUAAUUCGUCAUCUUACCGUCUCACCGCUCUGCAUCUUGAGAGAACGAGGAGAGUGCAGAGAUUAAGGAAAAGUUGUGGGACUUUUGACUGGACAUUUCUAAAAUUGACAAGAAAAGAGAUAGGGGCUGGAGAGAUGGCUCAGAGGUUAAGAACACUGGCUGUUCUUCCAAAGGUCCUGAGUUCAAUUCCCAGCAACCACAUGGUGGCUCACAACCAUCUCUAGUGAGAUCUGGUGUCCUUUUCUGUCUCAGGCAGGCAGGACACUGUAUAAAUAAUAAAUAAAUAAACAAAUCUUAAAAAAUACAAAAAAAGAAAGAAAAAGAAAAGAGACAGACUGUAUUUAAAUCAACCACCCAAAGCAACAGAUUGGAUUGUAGGGGCUGCGAUGAGAACCCAGCCCUCCUCUGUUCAGCCAGACUUAAACGAUUCUCAGUAAAAAUGUUAUUUUAUUUUGUUUUAGAAUUCUCUACAGAGCAGGAUAUCCCCCCUCCCCCAAGUCACUCACUCCAUUUAUGCCUGAGCUAUUUGUACCGAACAGCAGCUUGCUUUGGGCUUCUUUAUUUUGAGAACAAUCUUGAGGUAGAAGGAGCCUGCCUGCUGUUUACUUGGGCCUGAUUUACAGAGUAAGAGACACACCGAGUUAUAGGACGGAUGGCAGCAGAGGGCUCCAGGCUGCUGGACUUAGCAAACACAUCAGGCGAGUGAGCGCUGCAGUCCCCUCCUCAAGACAUGUAGAAGGAAAAACAAAAGCAAAACAGCACAUCCCACUGUCGCUCUGCCACAGACUGUCAGGUGUAUCCUCACAGCCUACAUAUUCACGUACCUUAGGCUGCUCUCAAAUUUGCUAUGUAGCUAAGAAUGACCUUGAACUUCAGAACAUCCUGGCUCUGACUUCUGAUUGCUGGAGUUAUAGAUAUGAACCCCCCACAGAUAGCUUUGUGUGGUGCUGGGGGUCAAAUCCAGGGCUUCCUGUAAGCAAGGCAAGCACUCAACCAACUUUAUAAACUACGUGGCAAGGCCCUCCCUAUAGCUUUUCAAAAUAAAAAGUUACUCUUGCUGACAUGUGUUGGAUUUGUAACCAUCAAUUUUUGAAUGACUUAAUUAAUUGGUAAGUUUACUGAAUCACCUAAUAAAUAAACGUAUCUUUCUCAGUU